AAAGCAUGCUUAUGCCUAAUGAUUUAACAGUUACUUACGGGAACACGAAAUGUGCAUUACAUUACGCAAAGUACUAGUUUGCUUCUGAAAUGUGAACGAUAUCUCCAUAUGGGACUGUGUAUUUCUGGUCGAGAAGAACGCCCCCUAGCGCCGCAUGUUUUUGUUUAAAUGCGGCACAUCGAGUUGUAAGCAGCCAGUCUGAGGUAGCUGAGCAGUCAAGUGGGCUAGCUUGGGGAAGGCAGCAUUACGCUUGUUCUUACACGUUUAACUACAGUUAACUAUGGUUAAACUAACCUUUAGCACUGCUCUUGGUCAAAAAAACGCCAAGAAAGAGAAGGAUGAGGCAUUAAUACCACAAGAAGGGGAUGUGGAGGAGAUUGUGCGGGUCAGGCAGCAGUCCCAGACCUGGUGCUGGUGCAUGUGCCUGGGACUGGCCCUCAUGCUGUCAGGUGUGGUGGUGGGUGGAAUUUACCUGUACAAGUAUUACAGUCCAGAGGAGGGCACCACACACUUCUGCGGCGUGAGCUACCAGGAGGAGCGCUACGCGAUGCAAGAGACCGGCGAGGAGGAGGGGCAGGUGGAGCUGCCCGCCAUGCUACGGCAUCUGGAGGAGCACGUGCGCAUCCUGGAGGAGGAGGAGGUGGCACUCAUCAACGUCCCCGUGCCCGAGUUCAGUGACAGCGACCCGGCCGACAUCGUCCACGAUUUCAACCGGAGACUGACUGCCUAUCUGGAUCUGAGUCUGAACAAGUGCUAUGUCAUCCCUCUCAACACCUCCAUUGUCAUGCCCCCUAAGGACUUCCUGGAGCUACUUGCCAACAUAAAGGCUGGCACGUACCUGCCGCAGUCGUACCUGGUGCAUGAGCAGAUGGUUGUGACGGAAAGAGUGCGACACAUGGAACAGCUGGGAUACUUCAUCAACAGUCUGUGUACAGGAAAAGACACAUACAGACUGCAGCGCAGGGACACCGUAUCCAGAAUCCAGAAACGCGAGGCACUCAACUGCCACAAGAUCCUCCACUUUGAGAACAAGUUUGUGAUGGAGACCCUGAUCUGCGAGCAGUAGAGCAAAGUGCCUGCACCACGAGCCAAAUUAACCACUUCUGACAAAUUCCACUGAAGUGCAGUGAGAUUCUGAAAAACCCUGUCCAGUCAUCUUUCCUUGUAAAGCUCUUUCUGUCUUCUGCUUUUUCUUUAUUCCCCUCCUCUGUCUAGCAGCAGGAUCGCAAGAGUGAAAGAAUAAAUAAAUCCCAAAACGGGCAAUACAGGGUGUAAAACAAUGCAAGUUCAAGACCCCUUUGUCUCCCUCCUGAAUUAACAAUUCCAUGUUUGUUUUUUUGUUUUCUCUAUUAGUUUAGUAUUGGGGGGAAAUGUGAUUUGACAGAAGUAAUGUUCCUUACAGAGUAUGUUUGAACACGAGGCAAUAAUCACCACCCUGUGCGUGUUAACUGUGAAGGUCUGUCAGAGCCAGUUCACCAUGUUAUACACUGGAAGAUAUUAGACCAUAUAAUGAAUUUUUUUUUUUUUGUAUUAGUCUAGGAUGUUUUGUUUUUUAACUUUUACCUGCUGUAGCUUUUAGCACACUUUAAAAUGUUUCUUCAGAUAUAGGUAAAUAAGCUGAUUAGACUUCGUGACAUACAGGGAAAUUUUUCUAGGUUUAACUGCUUUAAAAUGCAUCAGAUUGGGGGGAAAAACCCUGUAAGAUUUAGAAUAUGUAACUUGAAUGUGUGAGGGUUUAUAUCUAAAUUCUACCAGAUAUCUAUAACAGUUGUAUUGACUGAUGCAAUGUGCUUAACAUUAAAUAACAAAAGAUUAAACAUUAAAGGAUUAACUCAGA